UGCACAAAUCUCGGAGCACAUCCGAGCCACCAUCCUCACUCUAAGACCCGAGUCACCCUUUCCCCAUCUCUCGCCUCUCAAUUGCUUCUUUUUCCCCACUUCAGUUGGAGUCAAAGUACUGCGGCUACUUCCGUCUCUUCCCCACCGUCGUCCCCCAAUUUUUUUUUUCCUCCUCCCCCCAAAUCCUCCUCCUCUCCUUCGGCACCAUGCUCAAGAUGAAGUUCACCUUGAUUUGUUUGCUGAUGCUAUUGGCUAUGAUGGCGCACAGCGGCAUAAGGGGCGGCGCGGCGGAGGACGAUGUGCGGUGCCUCACCGGCGUUAAGACGUCCCUCGACCGCGGCCACACCCUGGGUUGGAACUUCUCCAACGCGACCGUGGGCUUCGUGUGCAGCUUCGUGGGCGUCUCCUGCUGGAACCUGCAGGAGAACCGCGUGCUGGCGCUCAACCUCAAGUCCAUGUCUCUCGCCGGCUCCGUCCCCUCCGACCUCCAGUACUGCAGCGCCGCCAACGUCCUCGACCUCUCCUCCAACACCAUCUCCGGCCCCAUCCCCAACGAGCUCUGUUCCUGGCUCCCCUAUCUCGUCACCCUCGACCUCUCCAACAACCAGUUCACCGGCGGCAUCCCUCCCACCCUCUCCAACUGCAGGUUCCUCAACACCCUCGUGCUCGCCGGAAACCAGCUCCAGGGCGCCAUUCCUGCCACCCUCUCCCAGCUCAACCGCCUCACCCACCUCGAUCUCUCCAGCAACCAGCUAGACGGCCCCAUCCCCCCACCGCUUGGCGACAAGUUCGACGCCAAAUCCUUCGACGGCAACGACGGCCUUUGCGGCCAACCCGUCUCUUCCCACUGCGGCCGGUCGCACACCCGGACCAACCUCAUCAUCAUCGUCGCCGCCGGCGUCUUCGGUGCCGCCGCCUCGCUCACCCUCGCCUACGUGGUGUGGCGGUGCUGGUCUCCGUCCGGAAAGCGGGCGGCCGCUGGACGCCGGGGGGAGGACGGGGGGUGGUGGGCCGAGCGGCUCCGGUCGGCGCACAACCGGCUCGUUCCGGUCUCGCUGUUCCAGAAGCCAAUCGUGAAGGUCAAGCUGGCGGAUCUGAUGACGGCCACCGCAGAUUUCCACCCCAACAACAUCAUCGUCGCCGGGAGCCAGCGGACAGGAACCUCAUACAAGGCUGUUCUUCCGGACGGAUCGGCGCUCACCGUGAAGCGCCUCCAAUCCCGCCCGCUACCCGAGAAGCAGUUCCGUGCGGAGAUGGGGCGGAUCGGACCGCUCCGCCACCCCAACCUGGCUCCUCUCCUGGGCUUCUGUAUCGUCGAGGACGAGCGACUUCUCGUUUACAAACACAUGCCCAACGGCACGCUCUUCUCGGCUCUCGAGUCGGUGGAUGAUGCACUCGACUGGCCAGCGAGGGUCAGGAUCGGGAUCGGCGCUGCCCGAGGUCUCGCCUGGCUGCACCAUGGUUUCCAGAUCCCCUUCCUCCACCAGAACUUAUGCUCAAAGGCCAUCCUCCUGGAUGAGGAUAACGAGGCAAGGAUCACCGAAUUCGGGUUGACAAGGCUCGUGAGAACAGCAGCCGGAGACGGAGACAAUUCAAGCCCGUUCUUGAAUGGAGAUUUUGGGGAGUUUGGCUAUACUGCCCCAGAGUAUGAUACUAAUUCAGAUCCGACAACCAAGGGGGAUGUGUAUGCAUUUGGGAUUGUCCUGUUGGAGCUUGUCACAGGGCAGAAGGCAACUGAGAUAACCACUGAUGUUGCAGGUGAAGUGUUUAAGGGAAGUUUGGUGGAUUGGGUGAAUCAGCUUUCUGCUGCUGGUAAAACUCAUGAGGCUAUUGAUAGAUCCCUUAGGGGAAAGGGCAAUGAUGAUGAGAUUAUUCAGGUACUGAAGAUUGCUUCUGGUUGUGUGGUUGCCCAACUGAAGGAGAGGCCUUCUAUGUAUAAGGUUUUCCAAGCUUUGAAAAUCAUUGGAGAACGAUACAAUAUCUCGGAGCAGUUUGAUGAAUUCCCCUUGGUCUAUGGAAAGGACGAGUUGGACUCUCAGUGAUUUUGAACUCUCAUGUGGAUAUUGGUCCUUUAAAAAAUGGUAUGAUUUUGAACUCUCAUGUGAAUCUUCAUCUGUAAAAUGGUACAGCUUCAGCUGGGUGGUAGGUCCCUGCUUUGCUAUGAUUUUGAAGGCCUAUGUCAAUUUGAUCCAUCUGUAACAUUGUUGUUGUAUGACCAUGAUCAAAUGUUAUCAUUCUCUGUAGCUUUUUUAAUCCUGUCAAUUGCAAUUUCUAAUGGUGUACAUCCCUUGCCGGGGAAUCCAAAUUACUUUUCGAAUGACCAAGUUAUGAACUGGAUAUUUCUUCUUAGCAUAAAUCAUCUGGAACAUGUUCAACAUUGUUUA